ACCACCACCACCACCACCGCCCCCGCCACCCCUCUCUGCAUACGCUCUUGGGUAUUCGCACUUCGCAGCACGGAUUCGCAGCAUAGGAUGCCGCAGGUGGACCUCGAAACCCUCGUCUCCGCUUGCGCCGGCGGCUCCUGCGACCGCAAGAUCACCUGCGAGACCAUCGCCGGCCCCGGCAAUCCGGAGGCUGCGGCUGCGGCUGCUGCGGCGGCGGCGGCGGACGAGGAGGACCAGGGCCACCGCUCCGACCGGCUGGAGGUCCCUCCCGACUUCCCGCCGGAGUCCUUCUGGCUCUCGAAGGACGCGGAGUUCGACUGGUUCGACCGCAACGUCUUCUACGAGCGCAAGGAGUCCACCAAAGCCAGCUCCAACUCCGGGAACCUCAACCCGAGCUCCAACUCCAACUCGCAGCGCUUCUCCCUCAACCGGAAGUCGAAGGCCUCCAUCAUCGGGCUCCCGAAGCCGCAGAAGUCCUGCUUCGUCGACGCGAAGAACCGGAAGGCCGCGAACACGCGGCUGUUCCCGAAGCGCAACGGCUCGUCGGCCGGGAAGUCGAACCCGCCGCUGAUCGAGCCGUCUUCGCCGAAGGUCUCGUGCAUGGGGAGAGUCCGGUCGAAGAAGGACCGCAACCGCAGGUUACGCAACCGCAACCGCUCGGUCGAACCGGCCGCGGCGAAGGCCAAGCCGGCCGGCAAGAAGCGGACCGGCCUGUUCGCCAGCUUCCGCUCCAUGUUCCACAGGGGCGGCAAGUCGCGUGCCGGGAGCUUCGAGCGCGGCGCGGCGGCGCCGAUCCCGGAGGAGUCGCCCCCGCGGAGGAGCUCGGCCAGGAGCGUCACCAGCGACAUCAGGGACCGCCUGCCGGCGCGCGAGGCGGACGCUCUCUCCCCGGAGCAUCUCCCCAGGCGGAGCGCCGCGGCGGCGGCGGACGGCGACGCGCCGGGCCUGGGCCUGGGCCUGGGCGGGAUGAGGCGGUUCGCGUCCGGCCGGAGGUCGGACGCCUGGGCCAACGACGCGGACGCGCUCUCCCCGGAGUCGCUGCCCAGGCGGAGCGGCGCCGCGGCGGCGGCCGCGGACGGCGACGCGCCGGGCCUGGGCCUGGGCCUGGGCGGGAUGAUGCGGUUCGCGUCCGGCAGGAGGUCGGACGCCUGGGCCACGGAAGUGGCUUAGCGAGAUGUCCUACGCGGUCAAAGACCGACGCCGGCCGGACGGUGGAGAAGAUCUGGGGCCCCACCGGCGAGGACGAAAGAUCGACGAUCGAUCGAUCGGGUCGCGGUCUCCGUUGGCUGGCAUGGCUGCUGCG